AUGUUGACACAAAGAUUCCCCAUUCCUGCCUUUGAGUCGGAUCCAUUCGCGUCAGGUCUCGGACCCACCCUGCCGCUCUUCAUGACGCUUGCGUGGCUGUACACAGUCAGUUUGACGAUCAAGUCUGUGGUCUGGGAGAAGGAGCAAAAUCUUGACGUCAUUAUGCAUCUGCGUGGCCUGAGCGGCUCGGCAUAUUGGUGCAGCUGGCUGGUCACGGCCUUGCUCACCAGCCUCCCAAGCGUGGGCAUCUUGACGCUCUUGCUCAAGCUGGGGAACAUUCUGCGGUUUACAGACGGCCUUGUGCUCUUCUUGUUCCUGGAAACCUUUGUGCUUUCCUCGCUCCUCUUUGCCAUGUUGAUUAGUGUAUUCUUUCGGCAAGCCAAGAUUGCUUCCGCGGUGGGCGGCAUCCUCUACUUUUGCUUGUACAUCCCGUUUGUGAUAGUUGCUCUCAGCCUGGACACGUUGCCCGUGAGUUCCAAGUAUGGCGCAUCGACUCUCUCCACGACUGCCUUUGGCAUUGGCGUGUAUUACAUGGCCCAUUUUGAACAACUCGAAACGGGCGUACAGUGGUCAAGUCUUCAUCAUGGCAUCGGUACCUGCGAUCAAUUCAGUGUGGCUGCUGCCUGGGGCAUGUUGUGCCUGGAUUGUCUAUUGUAUGCAGCCUUGAGCUGGUACUUU